AUGCGUUACUAUCAUUUGUUUGCUAGCUUGGUUCAUUUACCACUUGUCCUCUGUAAAGUAGGCAGCGAGAAUGAGGCAGUCACCAUUUUGCAACCGCACGAGGUUUUCAAUUCACGUAAUUUGAGAAAAGAGGAGGCAAAGAUUUACGGGGUCAAUAUUGGUGGUUGGUUAUUGUCUGAGCCGUGGAUUACUCCUUCGCUUUAUGAAGAUGUCGAGAGGAGGCAUGGGCGGAUUCCAGUUGAUGAACACCAAUUGUGCACCAUUAUGGGACCCACUGAAGCGGAAGCGCACUUGACGCACCACUGGGACACUUUUUACAGCGAGCAGGAUUUUGAAGAGAUUGCCAAAUUGCAGUUGAACUUGGUGCGAAUACCCAUUGGGUAUUGGGCAUUUGGGUUGUUGCCCGAUGACCCCUAUGUUCAAGGACAAGAGCAUUAUUUGGAUAUGGCCAUUUCAUGGGCCGCCAAGUAUAACUUGCAAGUGCAGAUUGGCUUGCAUGGGAUGCCGGGAAGCCAAAAUGGGUUUGACAACUCGGGGCUUCGAACUGAGCACCCCGGUUGGUUUGAUAAGGAGGAGAAUAUGGUGUUGACGUAUCGUGUCGUGGAGUAUGUUGUCGACAAGUAUGGCAAUCACCCCGCGGUGCACAGCAUCAAUUUGGUCAAUGAGCCACACGGGUGGCUAUUGGACAGAAGCAAGAUUCUCGAGUUUUACAAGUACGGCAUUGACUUGUUUGAAAGGCGACAGGUGCUGGCUAAGUUGUGUCUUCACGAUGCCUUUUUGAAUAUGGAUGAUUGGAGAGGCCUUCAAGGCGACUUUAUCUUGGACCACCAUUUAUACGAGUGUUUUUCCAAUGCCCAGAUUGACAUGAAUAUUGAUGAGCACUUGCGUCGUGUUAAGCAACAGAGUGAGCUUUUGCCGCAUACGGGACACUAUAGUGUUGUAGGAGAAUUUUCAGGGGCCUUGAAUGAUUGCACCAAGUACCUUAAUGGGGUAAACAGAGGCACGAGAUGGGAAGGCACGUUUGACUCGAAUGAUGGUGGCGGUGGUGGUGCUCUGACUAGACGGUCAUGCGACAACAUGGACAAUCCUAAUAGCGACGAGCACCGUGCCGAAGUGAUGAUCUUUUUGAGGGAGCAGUUUUACGACUACGAAGAAAUGGGCAAUGGGUGGAUUUUCUGGUGCUGGAAAACGGAGAGUUCGUUGGUGUGGGACAUGAGGAGAUUGUGGGCCAAGAAUAUGUUGCCGCGACCAUUGAUACGCGACCCCGUGCCAUUGAAGGAUAUAAAAAAAUUGGCGGUUAGUAAACCCAAGAUCUUGGAAUCAAAGAAUGACGCGGGUGCUGGGGCCGGUGCCACUGGAGUGGUGACUACGGCAUUCAAGAUUUUUGGUGCAAUUUUGGUGGAACUUUUCGUCUGUUUCAUGUAA